AGCCGGCUGUGUGGAAUCUGGCGAUAAAUCAUUAAACGAUAGAAGUACUUGAAUUUUUUUUGUGAAACAUUAUUAUUUUAGAUCUUUAGACAUACAACUAACACAAUUAAAGCUCUCAAAUGGCAGAUCCACGCAUCAGACAGUUGGUUAUUAAAACGGGUGUUGUCAAGAGGUUGGCCAAAGAAAAGACCGUUUAUGAGAAGGAAGUGAAUACAGAAUUGGCUCGCCUGGAUAAGUUCAAGGGCAAUGGAGCUGAUGACCAUGUGCUGCGGAAACAGGAAGAGGUGAUACAGGAGUGCCAAAUGAUGAUACCGGACUCAAAGCGCAGGUUGCAAAAAGAGUAUGAUGUUUUGGCAAAAUAUCUUCAGGAUGAACAGGAUCUAAAGGAAACUGAGGCCUACACUAAAGCGGCCGAGGUUCUAAGUGAUGCGAAAUCCGUUCUCCAAGUUUAAUUACUCAUUCUUAAUAUAUGUAUAUUUACUUUAACCAUAUGUCAAUAAAAGUAUUUUUAGCGU